GCCGCCGCCCGUGCGCGCUGCGCCGACUCUGUGGGGCAGGCGCAUGCCCUCGCCGUACGGGUCGGGGCCGAGGAUGAUGGGUUCAUCGGGACCGCGCUGGUUGGCGCGUACGCGGCGUGCCGGCGCGUGGCCGACGCCCGCAGGAUGUUCGGAGUAAUGCCGGAUCGGGAUCUCGUCGCCUGGGGCGUCAUGCUUGACAGUUAUUGUCAGACUCAAGACUACAGAGAAGCAUUGCUUCUACUCAAUAAGCUGAAGAGAUCAAGAAUUGUGCCUGACCAAGUCAUCCUUGCUACCGUUCUAUCAGCUUGUGGUCAUACACGACAUUUAAGAUCCGGAAAAGUCAUCCACUCAUACAUACUGGUCUCAGACAUUUUUAUCGACGCCCGCCUCAGUAGUGCCCUCUUAAACAUGUAUGCUACUUGUGCGGAUAUGGAGAUGGCCAAGAAGCUAUACAGCGGGAUGCAAAGGAAGGACUUGAUAUCAUCAACUGUCAUGGUCUGUGGAUAUGCUAAGAAUGGAAAAAUCGACAUUGCUCGCUCCAUAUUCAACUGUAUGGUGGAGAAGGAUGUGGUAUCUUGGAGUGCUAUGAUAUCAGGAUAUGCUGAAAAUAACCAACCAAGUGAAGCGUUGAUUUUGUUCAAAGAUAUGCAAGAGUGUGGUGUAUGUCCUGAUGAAAUUACCCUAUUGAGCGUCAUAUCUGCAUGUGCUAAUAUCUGUUCCCUUGACAAAGCCAGAUGGAUCCAUUCGUUUGUUGUGAAUAAUGGGUUUUGUAAGGUAUUGUCCAUUUGCAAUGCUCUUAUUAAUAUGUUCUCAAAGUGUGGAAGUUUGACUCUUGCCUUGAACGUGUUCAAUGCAAUGCCUCGAAAGAAUGUUAUCACCUGGACAAGUAUGAUUUCUGCCUUUGCUAUGCAUGGUGAUGGCAAAUCUGCCUUAGCCCUUUUUGACAAGAUGAAAAGUGAAGGGGUUGAACCCAAUGGCGUGACAUUUCUUGGUUUGUUGUUUGCCUGUUGUCAUGCUGGCUUAGUUGAUGAAGGCCGUUCCUUGUUUGAAUGCAUGGUCCAGGAAUACAGGAUUGAACCCAAGCAUGAGCAUUAUGGUUGUAUGGUGGAUCUUAUGGGAAAGGCUAAACUUCUGCAGGAAGCAGUUGAUCUCAUAAAGUCAAUGCAUGUAAGACCUAAUGUGGCUGUUUGGGGAUCUCUGUUAGCAGCCUGCUCGAUGCAUGGUGAUCUUGAGCUCGGUGCAUUUUCUGCGAGGAAAAUUUUGGAGUUGGAUCCCAAUCACAAUGGAGCAUACGUGUUUUUAUCGAACAUGCACGCAAAAUCUGGUAACUGGAAUAAUGCUCGAGAGGUGAGGGGAGUAAUCGAAGGUCAUAGGGUUUCGAAAGAAACAAGCUCCAGUCGGGUAGAGCUGAAUGGGAUUGUCCACGAUUUUGGAGCUGGAGGUGAGAAACAUCAGGAAAAUCAUAAGACCCUUCUAAAGCUUAGUGGGAUAAUUUCUAAUUGAUGAUUCAUGGCUAUGCUAGUCUUUAUGAUAGCCUUGUAAAUUUCUGAAAGGGGAUCUUCAUUUUGCAUAUCUAUAUUUAAAGACUUGCAGGAAUCAUCUCAUAGGUGGUCAAUGGGCAACAAUGAUCUCAUAUUUAUGGCUGCAUAAGUUGUAGGAAUUCGUUAUGUAAUCAAAGCUGAACAAGAAGUCAGCUGGCUAAUUUUGUUUUUUCAUAAAAGGAGGCUAUGCAGCCCAGUUUGGUUAAGGGAAGACACAGGCAGGUCUUUGAAGAGAUAUUAUUAUGGAUUGAGCUAUCAUAUUUUCCUCCUGUCAUAUAUUAAGAUGAGAUAAUUGGUGUGGUUCCACACGAAAAAAACUCCCUCUGUCAGGCUGAAGAUAGUCCACUGUGCAGUAGAAGCUGAACUUUAUGCCGUAUGAGUUGUAGUCGGUAAUGGGUCUUUCAGUUGUGUGAGCUGCCAGAACCUUUCUUAAGAACUUUGAAUUCAGAAGCACGGGUAUUUCACGGGGCAGCAGUAGUCAGACAACAUUCCACAGCUCUCCACCAUUGUAACAUAUUCUGGCAACACCUUGCUUCUAAAAAUCAUGGGCUUAUUCAGGAUUAUUUGGUGAGCAAAGUAGCAAACAGAUUGCCCUCGGGGUGUGUCACCGACCUGGCGAGCUCUUGUGCGAGGAAGAGAUGCCCUUAAGUUGGGUUUAGUAAGAAGAGUUGGUAAUGGAUGCACAACCGAAGUUUGGCAUGAUAGAUGAAUCAUGUGGAAGCAUCUUUGAAACCUAUGGGGUGUUAAACACCGGUUCAGUUUGUUUCUGAUAGAGGAAGGGUCAAAUCAAUGGAAUGAAGAGUUAGUAUGAGAGGUGUCUAUUCCUCCUCAUGCUGAUCUCAUUAUCCAACUACCAUGACCGCUGCGAGACAUUGAUGAUUUUCGGGCAUGGGUGUGGCCGUGUGGGAGAAAUCUGGUCUUUUCUCAGUGAGACCAGUGUCCGACAACUGUUAGAUAAUGAACAGAUUGAACAACAGCCGUCCAGUUUGUCAUGUGGGGAAGAUGUUUGGAGUGCAGACUGUGGCAAUGACAAUGAGCCUCUGUUCCAUUCUCUGGUUAGGUGUGCACAUGCCAAGCUGUUUCCGAAUGCAGCGUUAGAAUUUUUCGAUUUAAAAGCUCCCGCGUCUGCAUCCAGGCACUUGGGCCAUGGAUAUUUUGUACUCAGCAAUGGUUAAUAAGAAGGAUUGAGUGGUUAUUGUCUCUGUUAUGUGGGCGAUUUGGAGCAGCAGGAAUAAAUACACGCAUCAGGCGGUUCAAUAUCAACCGCUGCCAUCCAUGCAUCUGGUGGAGGGAUUUGUGAAGGCUCUGGAAGUGCCGCAACAAGAGAAAAUUGUGACAGAAGAUUGGAGGGAGAGAUGGAGACAUCCUAAUUUAAAAUGAAUACUGAUGGUGCCCUGGACGCUGAGCAUGGUGGGGCUGGAGCGGGUUUGAUGGCGCGCAAUUAUGAGGGAGUGUUUGUAGCAGCAAGGCUGAGGUAAUACAAAAAUAUCACCAUUGCUGUGAUGCAUUGCUGCUUGCUCGGCUGCAGGGUUUUCUGAAAGUGCAGAUUGAGACUGGUUGCCUUGCUGUUUUAACGACGUGGCACAGUGGCAGCAGGGUCAGAAAUCUGGGGGGAUUCAGUUGAUCCAAGAGAUGAAUGAGUAUGCUGAGGCUUUUCAGGAGUUUGAGCCGAUCUUUGCAAGCAGAGAAGCAAAUCAAGCGGCACACCCCCGUGCAAAGGUACUUCUGGGUAUUUAAGUCUGUGUCUUUAGACUUUGAUGUAGCUCCUGGCUUUCUGUAUGACAUUGUAAAUGCAGAACUCAUUUCGUCAGAAGAAUAAAAUGCCUAUGGCGAAGGAA